UGCGCCUGAACGUACGACGGCUGAUCUGAACCGGAAUCGAACGGCCAUAUCUCAAGCGAUUCGAUUCUAAUUCUACUCGUGCAACAAACAAACAAACAAAGUGCAACCACACAAAGCAGGCCAACAAACUUCGGCGUGUGCCCAAGAUAUCUCAUUAUCACUGCAACUUUUGAACCAUUUGGUAGUUUCAUUGGUGUCCGGCGAUUUUCGAAAAAGAAAAGCCCAGCUCGGGAUUUUUGGCGCGUUGCGAUCGUGCGUGAGUGAUAACUAUCUAUUAGAUACUCAUUGUUACUCAUAGAUACUCAUAAAUACUUUGAAUACAGUGCUAGUUUGUGAUAAGAAUUUCAAAGAAAAGUACACGUAAAAACCAAACAGGAUUCAAGAAAAUCAUCUCAACAGAAGAAAAACAGAGUUUCGUCGAUAUUGGCAGCUGCUUGAAAAACACAAAAAAUAACGGAGUGGCCCAGGAUGCGAGCGGGUCAGUGACACGUGACAUGGCCGAGGGCUGCGAGGACUCUGCCGGUGCCGCUGAAUCCACGACGUCACAGUCACAGUACACAACGCUAGACAAGAUGCUCGGCACGGUGCUGCCAUGUGAGGCGGCCAUUGGGGCGACACCCGGCGGCAGCAGCAGCAGCAACAGCAGCAGCAACAUCGGCGGCAACACCGGCAACACCAGCAGCAACAACGGCAGCAAUAUUGUGAAGCGGGAGUUCUGCGAUGGUAGCCUGAUGCCCGGUGCCGGGGCCAGUGUUAAUAACAAUAAUGCCAACACCACCAACAACAACAACAAUAACAACAACAACAGUAGUAGCAACAACAAUAACAACAAUACCAAAAUGCAGGCAUUGAUAUGCAACAAAGGGGGCAGCACCAACAACAGCAGCAGCUCCUCGUCCUCAUCGUCGUCCUGCUCCUCAUCCUCGUCAUCCUCCAGCUCGGCCACCAGCACCCUGACCAGCUGCACCACCGCCGCCGUGGUGCCCUCCAACUGCUCCACCAAUGCCAACAAAUCGCCGGUUUCGCCCUACUCCCAGAGCCUCGGAAUGGCCAUCGGGAUCGGGGCGGGAGCGGGCAGCAGUCCGCUCCGGGAGGCCAGUCCGCUCCCGAGCAGCCGCUCGCCCCUGAACGCCAUCGCCACCGCCGCCAUUGCCGCCAAGUCUCCGUGCAGCGGAGCGGCGCCCGCUUCGCCGCCGUCGGCCUCCUCCAACAGCUCGUCCCAUGUCCUGGCGCUCAACAUCAAAACCGAGUCGGACUUCGACAAGGAGAUCAGCUGCCACAAGAUCCAUUCGCCCAGCAGCAGCAGCCACGCCCACUCCCUGCACCACAACCAGCACCACCACCACCAUCCCCACCACAGCAGCCGCAGCAACAACAACGACGAUGAAAUGGAGAUCACGGACGGCCACGUCCUCCUCUCGCCCCCGCCCCCCUCGCACUCGCACUCCCACUCCCCAUUCGACAGCAAGGAUCACGUCAAGGAGCUGGAGUUCUACAAGAAUCUAGCGGCCAAGGCCGCCUCCCUGGCCAACCAGCACUCCUCGCCGCCCCUGCCCCUCCCGCUGCCAAUCCCGCUGCCCAUGCAGAUCGACGGCGAGGAGGACGAGAACGAGGGCGAGGGGGAGGGCGAGGCGGAGGAGCAGGCCGCGGAGGUCCUGCGGAUGCGGCGCGAGGAGCAGGCGCAGGCCAAGGCGUUUGCCGCCCAUCUGAACGGAACUAUGCAAGACAUGAUAAAUUUGCAAAAAUUACAAAAUUUGGCCACGCUACAACAGCAGCAGCAGCAGCAGCAUCCGCAUCCACAUCCGCAUCAUGGGCACCAGCAUCAUCAUCACCACCCCGCCACGGCCGCAGCACUAGCAAGUCUUCAAGGAUUAGCCGCCUCCGUGUUCAAUUCGCCGUUGAACCUGAGCGUAGGCGGUGAGCCCGCCGCAACCACUGCAUCGGGAGCGGCGGCGCCCGCCUCGCCCACCCACAGUGGCGGCAAGAGCAAGACGGCCAAGGGCGGGGGUGCGGGCAACAACCACUCCGGCGGAUCGUCAGCCAACUCGGGGGCCAACUCCGCCCAACAACAGCAGCAGCCGCCGGAUAAUCCCAGCAGCAGCAGCUCGCCGCACCACCCCCUCAGCGCCUCCUCGCUGGCCAAUGUCCUGGCGGCGGCCACCGCCUCGCCCCCGCCCACCUUGCAGGCGCCGCCGGCGAGCGCCCAGAUGCCGCAGCUCAUUCUCGCCUCCGGGCAGCUGGUGCAGGGCGUCCAGGGCGCCCAGCUGCUCAUCCCCACGGCCCAAGGCAUCGCCGUUCAGACCAUCCUCACCAUUCCGGUGAGUCCGCAGAUUCCCACCACGGAGCAGUUUCUGCCCAACGCAUUCGGGGCCUUUGCGAGCUACCAGCAGCAGCAGCAACAGCAGCAGCAGCAACAUCGCGAGCAACAGCGAGACCUGUUGCCACCAUCUCUGGCAGCCCUGCAACAUGCCACCGCCCUGCCCCAGUUGGCCCAGACACCCACGAAUUUACUGAAGCCCAAUCUCUUUUCCACGGGCGUGCAGCAGUUGCUGACAGCUCUGCACCCGGAGCUCUUUGCCGCCGCAGCUGCAACACAUCAGCAGCAGCAGCAACAGCAGCAGCAGCAGCAGGUGCAGCAGCAUCAGCGGGAAAGGGAAAGGGAGAGGGAAAGGGAACGAGAACGGGAGCGGGAGAGGGAGAGGGAGCAGCACUUGGGCAUUGGUCACCUGCCGCACUCGCACCUGGCCGCCGAUCUACGACGCUCCGCGGAGCGUUCUCCCACGGCUGGCUCGCCCACGGGCGGAAGUCCCGGACUGCCCGGCAAGGGACCGCCCCCGCCGCCCCCCGCAGCCGCCUUCCUGCUGCAGCAGCAGUUGCACAUCAAGCCCGAGACGCAGACGCACCUGCACCACCACCUGCAGCCGCAGUCGGGUUCGGCGGUCUCCGCCUCGCUGCCCCAGAUCAGCCUGCGGCAUCCGGACGAGCUGACCGCCCCGCAGAUGGAGCUCAAGCCGCUGGAGCUGAGUGCCAGUAACUCGCCGCCGGCGCCGCCGCCGCGUCACCACUUCGGGCACAGUUUGCGCGGCUCCUCGACGGUGUCGCCCAAGCAUAGUCCGCAGAGCAGGAUGGGCGGGAACGGUGGGCCAGCGGCCACCGGGAUGAAUCUCAGCCAGCACCACGAGCGGCACGAGCGGCUGGAGCGACUGGAGCGCCAGGAGCGGCUCGAACGGCGCUCGCACACACCCACGGCGACGGCCACCAGGGCCAGCGUCUCGUCCAGCUCGGGUGGAGGUCACCACGGGGGCAGCCUGCCCUCCGGACGCCUCUCGCCGCCCGGCUCCGCCCCCUGCAGCUCGGCGGCCAACAGCAUCAGCGACAGAGGCUACACUUCCCCGCUGUUCCGCACGCACUCGCCCCAGGGCCACGCCCUCUCGCUGGGCGGGUCGCCGCGUCUGGAGCGGGACUACCUGGGCAACGGGCCCGGUUCCGGAGCGGCGACCUCCACCAGCAGUUGCGGGGCGCCCACGGGGGCGGGGUCCAGUGCAACGGCCAACGUACUUAGCAGCAUCAACAGACUCAGUGCCUCCAACGGCGAGCUGACCAUCACGAAAUCCCUGGGAGCACCUACGGCCACGGCCACGAGGGCCUCCUCCGCCUCGCCUCGGGAGGAUUCCCCGGGUCCGGGUCCCUCCUCGUCGAGUGUUUCCCACAUGCAGCCGCUCAAACUGAGUCCCUCGUCGCGCAGCGAACCGCCGCACCUGUCGCCAAAUGGAAACGACAACGACAACGACCUGCUCAUGGAUUCUCCGAAUGAACCCACCAUCAACCAGGCCACCACCAACGUGGUGGACGGCAUCGACCUGGACGAGAUUAAGGAGUUCGCCAAGGCCUUCAAGCUGAGGCGCCUGUCGCUGGGCCUCACCCAAACCCAGGUCGGCCAGGCCCUGUCGGUGACCGAAGGACCCGCCUACAGCCAGAGCGCCAUCUGCAGCAGUGCACUCGCUGCGCAGAUGUACGCCGCUCAACUAUCGACGCAGCAGCAGAACAUGUUCGAGAAGCUGGACAUCACACCAAAGAGCGCACAGAAGAUCAAGCCUGUGCUGGAGCGCUGGAUGAAGGAGGCCGAAGAGAGCCACUGGAACCGCUACAAAUCGGGGCAGAACCACCUCACCGACUACAUUGGCGUGGAGCCGUCGAAGAAGCGGAAACGGCGCACCUCCUUCACGCCGCAGGCUCUGGAGCUGCUGAACGCGCACUUCGAGCGGAACACGCAUCCUUCGGGCACCGAGAUCACCGGACUGGCCCACCAGCUCGGCUACGAACGCGAAGUGAUCCGCAUCUGGUUCUGCAACAAGCGGCAGGCGCUGAAGAACACCGUGCGCAUGAUGUCCAAGGGCAUGGUGUAGGGCCCGGGGUCCUUGUAAAUAGCUGGCCCGUGUAUAUAGCUAGGUGUCUAAGUGUGGGAGUGCUUGUUUAGUGUGUGCGUGUGAGAGUGUGUAUUACAGUGUGAUAGUUGUACAACACCCUAGAGUUAGCAGUUAGGCCAUGUGAAGUAAUACUGUGUGUCAUAGCAUUUACAAAGGACAUCGGCUUACGCAAGCGAACCACUACCCGAAACCCAAGAGCCCAAUCCAAUUGAAUAUUUAGCCAUCUAAGUAAAAAUACUUAACACUUAUCAUAUCCCAAAUAGCCUAAAAGUAGUCUAAAGUCCCCCAGGCAGACUUGUGCAGUUUUAGGCCAAAUUUUAUCACAUUGAUGUGCCAUUCCAAAAAAAAAAAACAAAACCAGUUCAUACCGCGUAACAAAUUACAUACUAAAUGUUUAAAACCAUUUAAACCAAAACUGCAGAAAAUCUAUGCACGACCCGCAGUCCAAGAAAUUCUGCAGAGCUCGUAAGCGAUGAGUAAAAACAUUUGCAUUUAAUGCGUUGGCUAACAUUGUAUACUGAAACGAAUCUGAUUUCAAAAAUUUAUAAAACAAAUUAUAGCCCUAGCAAUUAGCCAGUUCAGACUCGAAAACUAAGAAAAUUCUAUAUGGUAGCACUCAAAAAGAACAAAAGCAAGCUAUAAAGAAAGCAAGUGUUUAGAAUAAGCAACAUUAUGUAGCAAUUUAAAAAUUAUGAUUGAAAAGAAACGAAAAAAUAUUUCAACUACGAAAUUUAAAAGGUACAUAGCAAGAAAACAGCUACAACUGAACAAAUAUUUAAAUGAUUGUAAUAAAAAAUACUAUUUAAAAAAUUAA